AACAUCAGAGAAAGGAUAAAAUUUGAGAAUGGGAGGUACAGACUGGAGUGGUUUGUUGCAACGAUGCCGGCAAUCCCGGAGGCUCGUUCUCGUCAUCGUCGCCAUCGCACUGCUGCUGGAUAACAUGUUGCUGACGACCGUAGUUCCAAUAAUACCGGAAUUUCUCUAUGAUAUCAAACAUCCUAAUGCAACAUUAAGCGAGCAUCUAGAAGGAGGCGCACAUCAUCAAACUACGGUCGUCACCACCACGUCAUCAGCUACAACUACACCAGCAACGUCAAAAUGCACUUGUGCUCCAAACACAUCGGUCGCAUCCUCAUUGGAAUUUUUACAUGCUACAACUCCUCCUAUGAAUCUAUCGGAAAUUACCGCAGCCAAUCUCACAUCGCCGGAAUCGAAAGAAAAGGAACAGAGACAUCGGGAAUUACUGGAAGAGACCGUAGCAGUAGGAAUGAUGUUCGCUUCCAAAGCUUUUGUUCAAUUGUUAGCUAACCCCAUAGUUGGGCCACUGACCCAUAAGAUUGGAUACAGCAUACCUAUGUUUACCGGAUUCAUUAUCAUGUUCCUAUCCACGCUGAUUUUUGCUUUCGGACGAAGCUACGGUAUACUUUUCCUAGCGCGAGCUCUUCAGGGUAUCGGUUCAUCGUGCUCUAGCGUCUCCGGUAUGGGUAUGUUGGCGGAGAGAUAUCAGGAUGACAAAGAACGCGGUAACGCGAUGGGCAUCGCGCUGGGCGGACUGGCCCUUGGCGUCCUUAUCGGCCCUCCAUUCGGCGGAGUAAUGUACGAAUUUGUAGGAAAAUCCGCCCCGUUUUUAGUCCUUUCCGCGUUAGCUCUUGGCGAUGGACUAUUGCAGCUUCUGAUGCUCCAACCGUCGGUUGUGUACACGGAAGCGGAGCCGCCGUCGUUAAAGUCUCUUAUCACCGACCCCUAUAUCAUUUUAGCAGCUGGCGCGAUAACGUUCGCAAAUAUGGGUAUCGCUAUGCUGGAACCGAGCUUACCUAUCUGGAUGAUGGACACGAUGGGCGCGAGCCGCUGGAAACAAGGGGCCACGUUUUUACCUGCGAGCAUCAGUUACUUGAUUGGAACGAAUCUUUUCGGACCGCUCGGACAUAAAAUGGGCAGAUGGCUAGCUUCCCUGAUAGGACUCGUCGUUAUUGGUAUCUGCUUGAUGUGCAUUCCGCUAGCGAGAAGUAUCGAUCACUUGAUCGUACCGAACGCGGGACUGGGAUUCGCAAUCGGGAUGGUGGACAGUUCGAUGAUGCCUGAAUUGGGAUAUUUGGUUGACAUAAGGCAUUCCGCUGUUUACGGAAGUGUUUAUGCCAUCGGCGAUGUAGCGUUCUGUCUUGGUUUUGCUAUAGGUCCAGCUUUGAGCGGAACUUUGGUCAACAGCAUAGGUUUCGAAUGGAUGCUCUUUGGCAUAGCUAUAUUAAAUUUCAUUUACGCACCUCUCAUGUAUUUCCUAAGGGCGCCGCCGACGAAGGAAGAGAAAAAGUCGUUAAUAAUUGGCGAAAAAUCAUCGGUGCGUUAUGUUACCUACCAGAAUGAGGAAGAGGACCAGUAAAAAAAAAAACAAUAAUUCUAAGCGUUCUCGAUACAAUCAGUUGUUUCACUUAAAACGCAUGUUCUCUUUCCCUUUAUGUCCCUAACAUAUAAAAAAAAUAGAGAUUGCAUUGUUAUGUUGAUUUUUACGUAUCUUAAUAUCCGUGAUGAUUUUCAUCAACUGGAAGACAAUAAUAUAUUUUUCCCCCUUUAUUUCCGCGUUCUCUAUUUAGUACUAAAAAGUAUUCGUGUUCUCUUGUUUUGAUAAAUGAUAGGAAGCAACAAAAUAUCGACAAUAAGCACAACUGUUGACAUGCACUUGAUAACAUUUGGCAAUAUGUAAAUGUAAAAUUAUUAGUAAACGAGUGAAGUUUGCCUAAUGAGUAGUCGGCAAUUUUGAAAAGAAAAAGACGAACAAUAUUUCAAAAUAAAUUCGAAGAAGUCGCACAACACCACACUUGGUAAAAUCCGUAAAAGUUAUAUAUUCUAUAAACAGAUCGCGCAUCCUAUAAACGCCUGAGAACUCGGGAGAUUUCGCAUUCGCGAAUAUUUACGGAUAGAAGUAACGAGGGCUAAACACGUUGUGAAAUGUCUUUCUGUGUAUUCUGCAUCAUCGAUAUUAUUGUUACACACAUAUCGUAUGUAACAGGCGAGUAACGGUAGAUUUAAAGCCUAAAGUAACGCAAAAGUCGCAGGAAAAAAACAAAAAAAAAAAAAAGCUUGUUAUAUCGUAGCAUGCGAUAGCAAGAGAUAUAUACAUAGAUAUAUAUAUAUUCGUUAGACGUGUUUCAUAAUAUAUACAAUAUAUGAAAAAAAGAGCAGGCACACGAUGCAAAAGUUACCCUUAAAUGUGAUGGCUUAAAUUCAGGAUGCAUAUUAUAUACAAUGUCCAUCGUAAAAAUAAGUACAUGGAAAAAUAAAGGCACGAUUAUUCAGCGCGAAUCAAAAGAUACGUAAUUAACGGUUACGAUUGACCGAGAUAGGAUAACGCGUGUAAACGGGACGGGACGGGACGGGGGAUACGAAAUCGCGUGGUCGGUAUAUCGGUGCUCCCGGUGUAUUUCCUUCGCGGCGGCAAAUUGUACAAAUUGGAAUCCAAUCCUUAACGUCUAGAAGAGCCGCCCGAUUUGGUUUCCCUGAAUGGCUGCAGGGAAACCGACGAUAAGAACGGUCGGGUGUUUUAAAGGGUUCUUCGUAAAUGCGGCCACGAUCAAAACUUGCAUUUUCGUCGCAAGAACGACACGCGACAUUUUACGCGAAGUGCCCUGGCGCAUACGAUUUAUCGAAACUCGCUCGCGAUCUCAUCGCAGUAGGUGAAACGAAUGAGAAUAAAACGUGAGAAAGAGGGAGAGAACGUUCGAGCUUGUUGCAAAUCCCGGCGUUUCUCGAUAAAUUCUUCAAAAUUAAUUUCCGUUUUACGCCGAUUAUAACGCAUGCACGAAAGAAUGUAUAGAGAAUGCUGCGGGAUUUGUUGGGAUAGAGAAUAAUAUCUAAACUUAUAUCAGAAUAGAAUAAAACAGAGUGUGUGUGUGUGUGUGUGUGGGUGAGAGAAAGCGUGAGUGAGUGAGUGAGAGAAAGAGAGAGAAAAAGUAAAAUUUAAGAUAGAGACGAGGUACGAAGCGUUCGCGGGAUUUGCGAAUUAUAUGAUAAACUUUAUGAGGAUUCGCCGCGGGAAACUCUAGCUGCGAUGAUUUAUUUGUCUCGCGGUACGGACAGAUGGCAAUUCUCGUGAUCUGCUGACUGGAUCCCGCGAAAAUAGAACACGUUCGUAGAAGCAAUAUAGAAAGUAGCGUAGCAAUAUGUUAUCCGUACGUGAACAACGUAUUAUCUAAAUAUGUACGAAAUCUAUACGUGUCUCUCUGUGUACGUGGUGUAAUAUCCGUGUAAACUUGAAAAAGAAAAAUUGUCGUGUAUUUAUUACAUAUCGGCGUCUCGUUGCUCUUCGUAUAAAACGUAUAUGAGAGAGAAAAAAGUAUAUACUUGUUGAGAUCCUAAGCUACUAGAAUCAACCAUAUUUGCCGAGGCAGUGAUACAGUUCUCGAUAUAGCCACAAAAAAAAUUAAAAAAUAAAAAAUAAAAAAUUUAAUUAGAACGUAGGACGUUUUGCUUAUUGCCUAGAGUCGUUUUUAUCUCCAAUUGCAAGCGUAUUGUUUAACAAGCUUUAUCACGCCGUAAAAGUAUAAUAUUAUAGAAAUAUAUAAUAGGGAUACAGUUAACUGAAACUUAGAGUCUUCAUUAAACGGCGUGACGGCACGUUUCCUCGUUGCUGUCUCGUGCCAAAUCUUGUUCGUGUAGUUAAACGAAGACGAUAUAAGCGGGGUCUGUGAGAGGCGCACAUCCGAGAUGAACGAUUGCACGCGAUUAAUACGGUAUUAGGCUACAGCUUUCCACUGCGGAUUCCGAAACAUACAAGGUGCGUGAGAUUUCGCGCGCCUACUCCCGGUACGAAACGCGAGUCAAUUCGAUUCGCGAAUUCCUUGCCAACGCUCGCCUCGUCGCCGUACAUAUAUUUAAAAGAUGUCUAUAAAAAUCCACAUGGGAAAGGAGAGAGAGGCAGCAAAGUACAGGAGAUGGAGAAAAACGGGGAAAUGUAGAAAUAAUGUAAAAAAAAAAAGUAUGCGAGACAAAAAUAUGACGAUUUUUCGAGCCGAGCAUAAAUUCACAUUAAAUUUAUAGUUUCCUCCUCGGUUCUCGAUUAAUUGUAUUCUAAUAAUUUUUUAUUUAGAUUAUAAAUAUUUCGUCUCGCCAUGUAUUUUAGCGCAAUUGUUGUUAUUACUGCUCUCGCUUUAAUAAUAGUAGUAAUAAUGGUGAGCAAUAGUAUCCUCUAUUAUCGCGAUUCGAUGUUAUUAUGAUCUCGAGCUACUGUACCAUAUUGCAUAACUAUAUCGCGCAAUAUAUUUGACAGAUCUUCCCCUUAAAUGUAAAUAUAGUGAAACUAAUGAACGUUGUCGCCACUGAGAUACCUUAAAGGAUGUUGUAACGCCGAUUUCUUGUAAUUUCGGUGGAUCCUUAUUUUGAAUUUACUCUUAUAUUCGCAAUGCCUCUGUGUAUAUGUGCGUGUAUGCGUAUGAGUAAGUGAGAGAGAAAGAGAGAGUUACACAUUUGGUUAUCAUUAUUUAAACAAUUAUUUUAUACAAAUUUAUAGAUGUGUGUACAAGAAAAUUAUUUCUCCACGUAUGGCGUAAAAAAAAUUAACACCUAAGCAGCAUUGUUUAAAAUACUGAAGUUAAAGACGAAGUGUGAGUGCACGUCAGAUUUUACGACGAAAAGUCACUGAAGUCUACUCUGCGUUUCUUUAUCAAAUUUGGCCAUACAAAGUAUAAGUCUGUAUAUUAUGAUCAUCAUAUCGUUAAUCUCUUGCGUUGGAAUUUAGUGAAUAAUUAUAUAUUUAAAUUACAUAUGUAUGUUAAUUUGUAGCGUAAUACAUUUGCUGAUACAGAGAUAACAUAUCAACCAUAGACCAUUUUCAGGAAAGCUUUAGGCUUGAUAAUUUAAACAAUUGGACAAUGAUAUUUUAAAUCGCAAAUAUGCUGUUCCUCCAUAUACGGUAUUCUUUAAUCAAGUUUUUAUUCGCAUCUAUUUUACGAUAGAGGCAAAUAAAAAUUUGAUUAAAAUUCAGAUGGUUGCAACGCACGUACAGUCGAAACUUUGUUAAAUAUUUACUUGUCAAACGUUAUUACUUAAUAAAACAAAAGAAAGACAGAUUAAACUGAUGUAAAAGCUUUGCCGAAUCUGUCCAAUAGAUAAAAUUGAAAGCACAAUUUACAAAAUUUUUAAAUUUUCAAAAUUUUUACUUAUCAAAAUAAUCAUUGACUUUCACAUAUUCCCUUUCCACUUCGAUCAAGAAAUAAAUUUCUCAAUUUUACUGGGCAAUAAUUUUAUUCAAAAUGUAAUUUAACGAACGAAUAAUUAUAUGAUGCGUAAUUUGAAGUUAUUACAAACGAUCAAAUGCGAUUAUUAAUUAACAAUUAUUGCAACAGAUCACUAAUUUCAACGGAAGGAAUUAAGUCUUUACAAUAAAUAAUAAUUUCAACAAUACUCACAAGUCCGCUCGCUUCAGAGGAAAACAGCAUCUUUGAGUAGUACGUCGAGGAAAUAGCGCGAGCUGCAUGGGAGUCGUUUCUUAUCGGAGGAAGUACGCGACGAUUAUUAUUACGAUUAUUUGUGUAAGUCUCUCAUGUAACUAGCCAGUCCGUAUCCCGACUCGGCCGUCACCGGGCCGAGGCUUUGUUGUACGAAUUGCAGAUGCAAUCAACGUGACUGUGUUAAUCGAAGCGAAUCGCGUAAGGAAACGCGUGUCGCGCGCACUGGCGCUUCCUCGGUCGCGCGACGACACGUGCUUCCCGGCAAAUGCAUAAUAACGUAUACGAUACCAGUCGCACACAAUUAUUACCUGACAAAUGUAUUGCAACUGAGAUUGGCCGCCAUUUCGCCAUCGAGAAAGACAAGGCUAUCGAGCCCCGUGUGCCAAAAGAUUUCGCAAGGAAUGAGCAGAUUAAAGAAUACUCAGAGCACUUUGGUAUAAUUAUAAUUUUUCAAUCUUUCAAUUCAAGAAUAGGUAACUAUUAGUUAUGUUUGCUCCUAUAAUUUAUAUAUUAUAAUUUAUAUAUUAAUUUUAAUUAAUCAUACUUAUACAUUGUAGCCAAUUUCUUUUUCUUUCGCAACGUUGCUUAGAUUAUACCAGUCUUAUUUUAGAAUAGAAAGAACUGAAGAUGUUCUAUAUGCGAAAUAUAAACGAUAUUAAUAAUUGCAAAUAAUCAAGAUAAACGUGUAAAAUCCUAGUCAAUUUAAGUUGUUUCUAAUUUCGGAAAUGCAAAAUUUCAUUUUUUAAUUCGAUAGGAAAAUAAAUAAAAUCUAUCUCAAUUUCCUUUGAUCUGCCUAUUUUUUUGCAACAAGUGCGUAAAAGUGCACGAAGAUGGCGAAAGGAUAAAAUUUCAUAAAGAUGAUGCGUUCAAAUUUCAAAAACGUGCGUUAAAUUGAGAAUUACAAGUAUCGCCGUACGUUAUUCGUAAUGCCAGAUCGACAACGAUGCUUCCGCAUUGGAUAUAUUAAGAGGAAAGAAGAUUAAAAAAAAAAGAAAACGAAUUAGAGCGAAUUAUUCGUUGGCGGCUGCUAUUGUGAACAGACAAUAAGCAAUGUGACAAAAAAAUAUGUGCAAAACCUUCCCCCGCAUUCGAUACGAAGGCUCGAUCGAUCGUUGCCCCGUUAGGCAAUGACAAUUAGGACGUUGGCGAAUAACGAUCGAUAUGAUACAUUGUUAAAUAACGAAAUCGAAAUGGGUUUAAAUCUCAAUCUCAUUAAGGACGAAUUCCUCACUCUGUUUAGGAAGGUAUUGGACGCCGCUUGUCUAUGUAUUAUCGUUAUACUAUAGUUUCGGCAGCAGUAAAGUUUGUCGUAAAGUCACAGUCUGUAAGGUACCUAUUUAACGUCGUACCGAUAUAUAGUAGAUAUCUAACAAGCUGGUGUAUGGGUCCGAUUUUCAUGCCUGCGUAAUAAUCAAGACAAAAGAAAAAAAAAAAAGAAGAGAUUUAACGAGCCAACCUAGAGCGUAUCCCUUAUUUUUAGAUAUCGUUAUAUCGUGCGGUUAAAUUUGCUGGGAAAGAAGAUAGCAUAUGGUUGUGACCCUUCCUCGAGCAAAGAGGGCUAGGUAGAUUAAACGGAGAGAUAGGAGGACCGCACUUGUUUGUAUAUUUUUACGCGUUUAUGUAACUAACGCCGGCCCCGAGAAUCGCCAGAUUUCGCUGCGAGAUUGUACUUGAAUUAAUGCUUGUACGGGAUACGUCACGCUAUUGCAAGAUUGUGCAAAACAACCUCUAUAUAAAGGCUAGGAAGGUUGCAGAAUAAAUACGGUUACGAGAUACAUUAUAUCAUUGAUGGUUCUCGACACGAAUUAAUGAUAAUUGAAAAUAUCGAUAAAAAUAACGUGUUGUAAACUAUUUCAUGUUUAUUCCGACGUAUAUGUGUCUAACGUGUUUAUGUGUACACGAGAAAAUAUGCUGUAUAUCGAAUAAAAAUAGAUAAAAA